AUGGAGGUCGUCGGAUCUCGCCGAAAACCAUCGCUGUCCUCCGACGGCAUCACUGUCUCGACGUUCCCUAUUUACCGCUCGGCGCCGGAACUUGAGGUCCGUCUCGAAGAUUUCGAGCUUUACGCUGUUCAACGCCUUCGAGUUCUUAAAGGGAUUUCAGAUGCAUUGUCCAGAGGCAAGAAACCAAAUGAGAUGGAGAAAAUUGUAAGGGAGUUAUUGCUGAAGGCCAACAUGCUGCAUUCAGAAGUACCCGAUGUCAACAACAAGGACAUCAUUUCCCAUUUCGUUUUGCGCCUGGUCUACUGUAGGCAGGAGGAAUUAAGAAAAUGGUUUCUCUCCAUGGAGACUGCACUGUUUCGCUACCGGUUUCAAUUCCAAGCUCCUGACGUCCAGAGGGAAAUAAUGGCGGAAUUUGACCUGCCUUACAAGGCCGUGAACAGUGCCGAAUAUGAGGUGCCAUUUGAACAAGUUCCUGAUCUAGUGGCAAGUCGCCGAGUAUUUAUACUGAAAGGGUACGCAUAUGUAGCAAUGAGCCAGGUGGUUUCCCUACUUGUCACGCAAUAUCGCAGUUAUCUUUCAAAAGCACUUGUGUUAACAAAUAGAAAAUGGACAUCUAUGAUCAGAGAGCAAGAGAAAGAUCGGUUGACUCCUAUUGUUGAAGCCCUAUCAACAAGUUAUUUAGGUCCAGACUAUAGCCAGCCAAAUGAUUCUGCGGAGAUAUCAUUGAAGGACAUCGAUCAAGUUGCCAAAAGUUCAUUUCCUCUCUGCAUGCGUCAUUUGUUUGAGAAGCUUAGGGAGGAUCAUCACUUGAAGCAUGGAGGACGAAUGCAACUGGGUCUCUUUCUAAAGGGUGUUGGACUCAAUUUGGAUGAUGCUCUUGCGUUUUGGAAAGCAGAGUUCUCCAGGAAGGUUGGACCAGAAAGAUUUGACAAGGAAUAUUCAUACAGUAUCCGUCACAACUAUGGAAAAGAAGGGAAAAGAACGGAUUACACACCCUACUCAUGUCAAAAGAUAAUAUCAUCCACACCAGGUGUUGGAGAUCAUCAUGGGUGUCCGUAUCGUCAUUUCAGUGAGGAGAAUUUGCGAGCAGCACUCAAUAAGAUGGGAGUAAGCCAUCGUGCAGUUGAGAGCGUCAUGGAUAAAGUGCGGAAUAGACAUUAUCAGUUGGCAUGCACCUUGACAUUUGAAGCUAUUCAUGGGGCAUCUUGUGAUGAAGGAAUUAAUCAUCCAAACCAAUACUACAGUGACAGCAAGAAAGUUCUAGAAUCGAAGAAUAACUCAAAGGGCACUUAA